AUGAAUCCCUUUUCCCACCUUCUCCUCGGUGAUCUCCUCCCCACUCUCAUUCAACUUUUUGAGCAAGUUCCCAAGCACAAUCACGUCCAAGACCCCGUUAUUGUACCCCAACCCCACAUUCGGCGUGAUCUUAUCGCACGCAUCACCCACCAACCCAAUCCGUUUCCAACUCCUAUUCUUGACAGCACCUUCCUGAAGCUGUGUCAACCCAGCCUUGUUGACAUUUUUGAAAACAUCCCCAAAAGUCAGUUUAUUUGUCACAUGCAUGUCCUUGACAUCUUCCGCGAACUGUUUGAUGUCCUCAUCCGUGUAAUCGAUUCUUUCCCUCGUAGGACCGCCAGGGAGAGGUCGGUAGAUGAUAAACCAGCCUCUGUCCCUCCCGACGAAGAACUGGGAAGACACACCGCCGGAAUGGCACUCCCAGUCGUGGCCUGGCUCGAUUUCCGAGCCGGGGAGGGAUAGUCGGGGGAAGUUACCGAAGAGGCCUUGAAAGGUUGUUUCAAAGGGGAGGGUUUCGGACUCUGGGGCGUUGGAGAGGGAGUUCAUUAUCUUGCGGGUUUUGGAGUGGACGCCGUCUGCGCCGAUGACGAGGGUGCCGUUGUAGGAAGUGCCAUCGGCGCAGGUGACGGUUACGCCUUCAGGGGUGAGGGCGAUGUCGGAGAGGGAUUUGUUGACGUGGAUUUUGGCUUUGGCGUCAUCCGGGAGGGUGCUGAAUAAAGUGGUGACGAGGUCGAGACGGUGGAGGAAGGCCAUUGCGCGGCCGUGGCAGGCGCGGAGGUGGAAUUCGUACGAGUUGUAGACUUUGCCGUCGCGUUGGAGGACGUGCUUGUGGGGGAUGGGGGUGGAGAUGGCUUCCAUUUGGGGAAGGAGGCCGAGCUGGUCGUAGAGGCGGAAGGAGGUGGGUCCGAUGGCGAUGCCGGCGCCUUCUUCGGGGGUGACGGUGGAGCGGCGUUCGAGGAUGGUGAAGUCGACACCGGCGGAGGUGAGGAUUUGGGCGAGGGUGAGGCCGAUGGGGCCGCCGCCGAUUAUUAUUACUUUUAGGGGGGUUGUGGCUGUCAUGAUGGAUGGGAGUUGGAGAGGUAACAACUGGAUGGUGGGUGUGAAGGGGUGGCGAUGUGGGAGUGAGGGUGAGAAUGAGCGUGAUAUUUCACCACGAGGAUAAGAGAGUUGUGAAAAACAAAAACAAGGAUAAGGCUAGAAACAUCUCUGUCUGACGAGGGAUAACGCUGUCAUUAAAUAUGUUCGAGGCUGGAUCAGAUUGGCGGGUGUCACAAUCUUAAGCUAACGUAUUGGUUCAGGGAUAGACACACGACCCAUGCUUUUGUCCAGGAAAUGCCCUGAUAGGACUCAAGAUGGCGUUGUCGAGCCGUCAGGCAGUCACAAAUGUGCAUCAAGGCAUCCCUGCGGAUCAGCCCUGUCAGAUUUGACCCUGAUUUUGACAAUGCAACACCGAAUCAUCUUUGACAUGUGCCAACGCAGGGACCAGGCAUGGUCCUACAGGAGCUAAUACGACCCCUGAUGAGGCUCUGCUUUUCUCUAGCUACCGACUAUAAUAAAAAAUGCAGCUGUGCCACAUUCUCUCAUCAAUCGGGCUCGCAUGGAGAUGACUGAGAGAAAAAGGAGAGAACGAAGGGUUAGGGUACAGGGUCUACAAUGGAGCCCCUGAUCUCCACUGUAUUUUAUCUUUUAUGCCAAGCCAACAGCCAAGUGGAUUUAACAGUGAAAAAAACGUUGAGAAACAACGGCUUGAACCUCGGCUUCUUUUUGCUUUCUGUAACAUUCCCA